AUGUCAGAAUAUGAGUUUAACUCUUAUAUUUGGACGCCAUUAUUGAGGAAUGCGUUUCUUGGGAAAAGUGAUCUUAAGCUAAACUAUGGGGAAUUGGCACCUAGAUCGUAUGAAAAACUAAAAGGACUUUUGGACAUUGGUGGCCAUAGCGCUCCAAAACUGGACGGAAAAGGCGAUCUACAAAAAUUAGAAUAUUGUUCGAAGGUCAUAUUAACAGCUCUUUUUAUCGCGUUACCUUCUUCUACUAAAGCCAGUAUUACAAACAUUGAAACAUAUAGCAUUCAAUCAAAUGGGUUUCGUCUGACAAUCUCGGUUUCAAAGUAUCUGUUUGAAGAUACUAUUAUAACAAUGGACCUGCAAGAUGUGGAGGUCCCAAGGACUAUUGAAGGGUUUUCAAAUCUGGUAAUGGCCGUAAAAGUAAUCUUAUCUUGGAGGCACGCACUAAAAGGAAUAUGA